UGGCUCCGGUUCGCGCGUUUGUCGGCCUGUCAUGAAGCUGCGAUGCGAGGUGCACCGUGAGCGCGGCGAUACGACAGAGCGGUUUACAGUGUGUGAUAUCAUCUGACGUGACGAGUAACCUCCUUCUAUCCGUGAAACGUCGACGGCUGACAUCGACAAACUGUGCGACGAGUAAAACACGCCUGAACAUCGUCUAGGAUCUAUCUGUUCAUCCGUAUACAAUAUCCAUAGUGCCAAAGACCACCGUCUACGUAUUCCUGAAUGAGGCUGAUGGAACCAUUGGGUGUGGCUCCGGAGGUUGUGGAGCUUGGGACAUUGAAACGAUGGUCAGACUAUCCUGUCCAGCACCGAUUCACUGAUUAUUCUAACUCCCAAGGGGAGCCUGCUCACCAUCCGGCAAGUCCGUUUCCGUGCCAGCCACUGCUCAACAAUAAAAUUGCACUAUGGACCGGAGACAUUUCCGUACUCCAGAUGGAUUCCAUCGUCAAUUCUACAAAUGAGACGAUGGAUGAUUACAGUCCUGCAUGCCAAUCGAUAUUUGCUCGAGCAGGAUCUGCUUUGAAAGAAGAAAUUUACGACGAAGUUAAAGAGUGUAAGACGGGAGAAGUGCGAACUACACAGGGUCACAAACUGCCGGCUCGGUACAUCAUACACACAGUUGGUCCCAUCUACAACAUCAAAUAUCAAACUGCAGCUCAAAAUACGUUACAUUGUUGUUACAGAAACGUUUUACACAAAGCGAGGGAGCUCGGCUUACAUAGUAUAGCUUUGCCAGUGAUUAAUUCCGUGAGACGAAAUUAUCCGCCCGAUGCUGGGGCACAUAUUGCGCUUAGAACAGUGAGAAGAUUCUUAGAGCAAUACAGCGACACGAUAGCCUGCAUAGUUUUUGUAUUAGAGGCCUGUGAUCUAGGAAUUUACGAGGUACUCUUACCGCAUUAUUUUCCGAGGACACCUGCGGAACAGGAAAACGCUCGCUGGCAACUUCCAAGUGAUAUCGGUGGAAUGGACGGCGAACCUCUGCUACCGGAUCGACAGAUCCGAAUUAUUGACAAUCCGCAACACGCAUUGCACGGCGAUGAAACCGUGGAGAUAUCCAACCAACUAGAGACUUCGGUCAGCCUGGGUGAACAUGCAUUUACGCAGAUGCAAGGCGACUUGGACAGACAACGGCUCCUUGGUGAAAGGCCGCUUACAGAUCCGCUAGCCGACAUCAUGCUGAAGCAAAUGCAAGAAAAAGAGCGGUACGAGCGUCUUUUGCGACGGGCGAAGACCGAGGAUUUAACGGAGGUAUCGGGAAUUGGCUGCCUUUACCAAAGCGGUGUCGAUCGUCAGGGUCGUCCGGUUGUUGUGUUCGUCGGGAAAUGGUUUCCCUUCAAUAAAAUCAAUCUCGACAAGGCCUUGUUGUAUUUAAUCCAGCUUCUGGAUCCCAUCGUUAAGGGAGAUUACGUAAUCGCUUACUUCCACACAUUGACGACGAGCAAUAAUUAUCCGGGUCUCCAUUGGCUGAGGGAAGUCUACAACGUGCUGCCCUACAAGUACAAAAAGAAUCUGAAGCAAUUCUACAUAAUUCAUCCCACGUUCUGGACAAAGAUGAUGACUUGGUGGUUCACAACCUUCAUGGCGCCAGCGAUUAAACAGAAGGUUCACAAUCUGCCAGGCGUUGAAUAUCUUUACGAAGUUAUGUCUCCCGAUCAAUUAGAAAUACCAGCCUACAUAACGGAAUACGAUAUGACGAUAAACGGGCUGCGUUACUAUCAGCCUGAUUAUACAUCGCAAUCGACAACGUAACUCGCAACACUCGCCGAGUCUCGUUUCAACUUGAUAAUCGUUAUUUUUAAUUUUCAAAAAGAAAAAAAAAAAAAAAAAGCAUGAAAACCAGCGUUUUUAAUAAACAUAUUUAGCAUUAGUAUAAAAUAUUCUAAAUACGUAUGGCGUAUUCGACUAAUGCUGGUUACGUGUAUCGCUGACGAAAAAAAAAAAAUGGGAGAGAAAUUACGAAAAAAAAAGAAAAAGAAAAAAACAGAAACAUCAACAAUGACGCUCCAGCGUUUCCACUACGCUUAGACAAUGUAGACAUGUAGAUAUACUAUUACUAUAAUUAGAUUAUUAAUUAAUACAUGUAAGGUGAUACGAUGGUGUGCUUAGGCGCGGUAAAAUUUAAUUGUUGAACAUAUUUGACCUUAGGUAAAGUGGAAAAAGAAAGAAGAAUGAGGAUGAAAAAAACAGACAAAAAAAAACAUUUCAUAAUUAUAGUAAAUAGUUAAAUUAUCCCUUUCUAGGCGAGAGACUGACGAUUUUCAUUUAUCUGAUUGACCGUAAGAAGAGAAAAAUUGACGCGCGAAAAAUGAUUGUUUAAAUGCGGCGCUCUGUCGACAUAAUAUUACAUUAUUAUAUAUUAUAUUAUCUAUAGUGUGAGAGGCGAUGUGUUAUUUUGGACGGUAUAGAUAUAAAUAUUAUGUAAAAUUUAACGAAAAGAAUCGGUAAGAGUUUUAUUCGAAUUACAGAUAUAUAUAUAUAUAUAAAAAACAUAGGUAUAUAUUUGAAAUAUUAGAAAUUGCAAUCACGAAAUAUUAUAAAUGAUUAUUAUUAUCAAUUGCUAUUCUUAGUAUGACCAUCCAAAAAUCCAACGAUGUGUUAUUCGGGGAGAAGAGAUACUUGAAAGAAAAAUCGAGUUGUUAGAAAACAUUUUGAAAAUGUAUAGCCAGUUCACAUUUGCUGCAGCAACACUUCGUCAUAAAGUACCUAAUUUUAACUAGUUAUAAGUACGAUACGUACGUAAGAAAUUUAAUUCGUACAAGUUGAACGAAAGAAAGAUAGAUUUUAAAUUCUUGUUCGCUGAUUUAGAUUACGUCGAUAAAUUGUUUUGUUUUGCCAUUUACUUUAUGUUUUUUUUUCUUGAUUACUUUGAUCUACAAUAUAUCUAAACACGUUGCAGCUUGGGUGUGAUAAAAAAAAAGCAUGGUAAAAGAACUCACAUUCGAAGAAAGAGAAAUGAAGAAAAAACAAUUGCCUGCCAAAACACCAAUAAUCAGUAUUUACAUUAUAUUUCAUUACAAUCAAGAACUAAAUAAGUAAAUGAAUGGUAAUAACGGGAAAAAAAAAACACUUCACGUGCAAUGCGUAAAUAUGUACACGUAUGCGUACGAUUGCAUGUAUAUUUGACGUAAAUCGAUUACCCUCUUAUUUUGACUGCCGGUUUCGACUCUCUCUAUCUAUUAAUGGUGAUAUAGUUUAAAUAGAUCCUUCAAUGUCAAUAUCACGUAGAUACGUACACUGUAUAAUGUGUAAUUUUAUUCGCAUACAUAUAAUAUCAAUAUUUUCACAUAACUAUAUCGGUUUAUGUUAAAUUAGAU